CCAGAGAGGCAGCCGAUGUUAGGAUUUGGGCUUAGCGCUGCGGUCGCCCUCCAGCCAGUACUCCUCAGUCUGCAUCUCAGUGAGUCUGGAAACGGUCCUCUGGAAGGCAAACAUCUCCUCUUCUCCGCUGAAGAUGGACAAACUGCUGGCUUCUUCCUGUGAUGAACACAAUCCCGUGGUAAAAGUUUACAAUGGCGACUUUUAAGAAAAACCUUCCCCUACUCUUUUCAGUCCCAGGUCGUCCAUGAGGAUGUGGCUCUCGUUGUGAUCGUGGUGGUCUCCCUCGUGGACAAAAAGCUCUUCCAGCGGGUGGUCUGCCAGGAGCACCACACGCACCUGAACAACACAAACCAUCAAAAUCUCACAUUCAGUCGUUGUGCUCAGGAGGUGCUGGAGAUGACCUUGUGGUCGUAGAGGGCGUCCACAAGCGUGAUGAGUCGCCUGGCUUGAGUCUUCUUGUUGAGCGUCAGGAGCGGAAUGUGGCGGAUGAAGACGGUGUCAAACAGAUGGGACAUCUCCAGGGGGUCUAUUGGACGUUGCUACGACGACAACGCCGUUCAGGAAGAGAUUCUCAAAGAGCUGCUUGAGGAUCAUGGCGUCGGCGAUGUCUGUGACCUGGGAUAUAACAUCAGCACACACGGACGGUCUUGGAUUGGAACCCCCACAAAUGAUGUUUACAUUCGUCCUAUGUUGGUGGGGUCAAGUCAAGCAACAGAGGAUGAAGUUGGAGCUCCAGUUUGCUAGGGAGACUUCCACACUUCUUCCUAAGGGUGCCCUCCCGAAUCAGCCCGCUGUAGUGGUCCAGGGGGCCGCUGAAGCUGGCGGCGGUCACCACGCUCGUCUCCACCUCCGCCGCCGCAUGUCGGGCGUCCACGGCGUAGCCUUCGUGUCGACAGCAACAACGCAACGAGCGUUCCAGCGGAAUCCGCCUUGCUGCGCCGCCGAAGGGAAAUAGGAGCGAGGGGUCCAUCCGUGUCGGGGGGCUCCAAAUGAGUGUACCUGCGGCGUCGGCGCAGAAAGCAGACGACAACAACGUUGAGAUGCAAUCAGCUGCAGUGGCGCCCUCCUCCUUCAUGCCCGGUCAAUCGGGCAAGAUUCCCGGCAGGAAGAGAGGGAGACCCCCGCUCCGCAACGUCGCCAAGAUGGAUUUUCCCAGCCGCUAUCCCGACUCGCUCCCUCCGCUCAAAGUGCCCAAGAAAAGAGGGAGAAAGCCGGGCUUCAAGCUGAAACCCAGGAUGGUGAUGACGCCGCUAGCCAUCUCCCCGCCCAGCAGCACCCCCGAGCCCGACAUGAGCUCCAUUCCUCAGGACGCCGCCACCGUCCCCCACUCGGCCACGCCCCAGGUGCUCACAGUGUGCAUCUACAUCAACAAGCAAGCCAACGCCGGCCCCAACCUGGACAGGAAGAAGAUCCAGCAGCUGCCCGGCCACUUUGGCCCCGACAGGCCCUCGGUGGUGUUGCAGCAGGCCGUCCAAGGCUGCAUCGACAGCGCCUUCCAGCAGAAGACCGUCUUUGCGUUGCUCACGCAGGGCUACGGUGGCGAGAAAAUUUCAGCCACGUUCGACGGCAAGCAGCACCUUCUCAGCCUCCCCGUGGUCAACAGCAUCGACUACGUGCUGCGCUUCCUCAAGAAGCUGUGCCGCAGCCUGCACUGCGAAAACCUCUUCAGCGACCAGCCCAUCAGCCAGCGAGCCUACCAGUCCGACGCUGAAACAUCACGGGUGGACGACUACCACCACGAGCAGCCAGACGGGAAACGCUACACGGUGGACCCCGGGGAGUCUGCUUUCAGCUCCAUAAGCUCCUCCUACUCGCCCAAGUCCUCCUACGGCUUCCGUUCUUCACAGCAGUUCCCCAACGCUUCGGCCACCAUCAGCGCGUGCAGGCAGUCGGCCGCCAGCCCCGACGCCUUCCCCGAGAGCAACAGGACAGAGUCCCAGGAGUCCAAGGCCCCACCCGGUAAGGACCCGUCCUCGUGGACCGUGGACGACGUGGUCUGGUUCAUCAAGGAUGCCGACCCCCACGCCCUGGGCCCUCACGCCGACGUCUUCAGGAAACACGAAAUCGACGGGAACGCGUUGCUGCUCCUGAAGAGCGACAUGAUGAUGAAGUACCUGGGCCUGAAGCUGGGCCCCGCCCUCAAGCUCUGCUUCCACAUCGACAAGCUCAAGCAGAGCAAGUUCUAGAAGGUGGGAAGGUUGGAGUAUCUGAAGAAGAAGCAUCGCACCUUCUUACUUUCACUUUCUUUCCCGGACUCCUUCGGCUUCCUUCCAGUCCAAAACAAAACAUCUCCACUGGCGGUUCACAAAGAUUUUACACAGACAGAGACUGCGCUCGCACAUCUUUACGCCCUCUAAGCUAUGGUACGGAACACGUAGUAUUUCUCAUAAUACUUUCACUUUAUUUUUGGAAAAUGAAAUUUAUUGUUGUAAAUUUUCCUUAUAAGACUUUUCCGCCAUUCUCCCAAAAAGUCCAACUUUAUUUCUUUCUCAUAUUACAAGUUUUCAAAAAGCACUUUUUUGCAUUUUAUCUAUUUUUCAAUUUCUAAAAUAAUAUUUCAACUCUAUCCGACUAAAGCCAAAUUAUUUUUCCUUGUAUUACGAAGAUAUGCUCGGAAAACUGACCUUUUUUUCUCAUUCGAAUCCAACUUGUACAACUUUAGUCAUUGUUUGGCUCGUUUUUCAUAAUAUUAUGAUUUUUUUUAUGGGUGAUCUACUUUCCACAACUAAAAUGGCGUCAUUAUAGUACAUCAUUUUUGUACAAUGAUACUUUUUUUUUUAAUUUCAAUUUUUUCCCUUCAUAUUUUGCCUUCAUUCUGGUAAAAUGACUGAUCCUUCAGUUUUUGCAUUUUUUUUUUUAACUUGUAAAAAUAAUAUUUUGGGAAAGUUGCUCCUUAAGUGUAGCAACAAAGUGGCUAAGGUGCCGAAAGCGAUCCCUCCAACCACGUCUUCUUCUUCCCUGGCGUAGCAGACCUGCUGCGUUGUGACACGUUCAUGAGCAAGAGCCAACACAAUGCAUUUGUGGCGGUCCAAAUGUAUUUAAUAAUAAGUCAAGGAAUAUAGGGGAACACUGCUAAAGCGUAUCAUAUUACCUACAAUACAUAUUGCUUUCCAUAACACAUUAAUAACACAACAUCCACCGUUAUUCUUUCUAUAGGCUCUUUAAAAAUCACAGCAAAUCAUCUUUUAUAUGUCUUUUUGUCUAAUAAAAAAUAAUAAUCACUUGCUAAGUGAAUGCUGCUGUCAUGAAAAGCAUUCCCGUGGUUUUCUUUCUGAAAAUGAUUCAUGCUGACAAGUGCAGAUGCAAAACGUAUACAGUAUUUACAUUUGUUUAUUAUACAGUAUUUACAUUUGUUUAUGAUACAGUAUUUACAUUUGUUUAUUAUACAGUAUUUACAUUUGUUUAUUAUGCAGUAUUUACAUUUGUUUAUGAUACAGUAUUUACAUUUGUUUGUUUGCUGUGGUGUCCAGCAGGACCAUAUCUUGUG